CAGUAAAAUGUAUAGAUCCAGCAUCGUAGAUAAUAAUUAGGUGGUUAAUGUGCCGGUUCACUUAAUUGCAGCUGUACAUUUCUUUACAUCACUGCUUCUGUUGAAAAGACACAAAGGCUGAACUGCAUGUCGAAUAACACUUUGUAAACAACUCUCUUUAAGGUAAUAACACACAAGUUUCAACACCAAAUGUCCCAUUAAGAAGUGAUAUUGGUUUCCCGUAGUUUCAUUUCAAUUGAGAGGAAUAUUUUCCCUUCAUUCAAAUGUUGGUGUCUUUUUAAAAUGUUUUUCUUGUCUCUGACAAUGGAACAAUCUCCACUAUUAUAUUUGAAAAGAAAUCCAAUAUCGCCAGCUCGUGAUUUUUGAAUAGCAUCGGAUGCAGUUUGGUCAUGUGAAAAAUGCGUAAAAUCGUAUAGAAUUGACUGGGUAAAUAUGUUUCCUUUAUUUUCCUGUAGCAGGGAGCAAAAUAAAGGCCCAAAAAAAAAAUCAAUACAUGUUGUCGAAAACCUGUCCCUGUGUUGAAAUGUGAAAUAUCUUUGUCACACACACACCGCUGUCUUGUUAUUGUGUACAGCGACUGCCAGUCUGGCCUCUCGUGCACAGAUAUGACCAAUCGGAACUCGUCAAUAAUCCAGAUCCACCAAUCGGCACGAGUGGUUGAACUCGGCAUAGGUGUUGUAAGAAAGCAGGUUGCCAGAUCGCCAUGUGAUAUGUCACUCAACUGACCGAAGACUGUGACAUAUGACUGGUGGUCUGUAUAGUGUGCAUGCAUGUUUAUACAGACUGGGUAUGAGAUACGGCCGGUAUUGCAUGGAGUACUCGGGUGCGCUCUUAUUGACAUUGAGGGCAUACUGACAUAAUAAGGGGUAUACCGUUGACAUCUGUUGAUUGCCCUUUGCGUGUUGGUGUGUUGGUGUGUUGGUGUAUGUGUGUGCAGAUGACCAUUGUUAUCCAACGACGAGGACGAGAUAUGAGUUGAUUCUGUUAUUAAUAGUUGUUUCUUCCCAUCUGUUGUCGACAAUGGAAAGUGUUAAUUUGAAGGACACAAAGACUUACAUUAUGUCAGCGGUGGAAAGUUUGCCUGCUCCACUGACUUUCAAACACAAGUUCACGGAUGCGUUUGAUUCUCAAAACACGAUCGCACUCACAGCCAUCCAGUCUCUGGACUGCCUCAACGACCAGAUUGUGCAGUAUGUGUUUGCCCAGAACAACAUUGACAUCAACCUCGAGAAGGACCUGUCGCCCAAGGAACAGGACACGCUGCGCUCAUCGAUGGUUCUGAUCCGCCGUCUGCUCCUCGACGCACAGGCCAAAUUUCGCAAGAUGGUGGACGAGAACAAGCAGCUGGCCCUCAAGAUUGACGGGUCCAUCCAGGCAGCCAAUCAGGAGGUGAACGUGCUGAGGGCGGAGCUUGCCGACACAAACAAGAGGCUGUCGCAGAUCAGUCUGGACAAAGUGGACAAAUCUUUGCAGCCUGAAAAUGAAGGUACGAAUCGACAGAAAUCUGAUGAAGAGAAUGAAAUCGUAAAACUGAAAGAAGAAAAUUCCCGACUGGAGUCUCAAGUAAAGAGUUUGAUGGGGGAAGUUAAAGAAUUGAAGCUGUCGAAAGCGGCCGUUAACAACCAGCCUGGUUACGGCGAACUCAAACUGGAAUUGAUUCAGACGCGGCAAGAGUUGAACAGAGCCAAAGAAGCACUGCAGGCCAUGAAGUCUGAUCGAAAGAGGCUAAAGGGAGAGAAACUCGACCUGUUGAAUCAGAUGAAGCAGUUGUACACAACUCUGGAGGAAAAGGAAGCAGAGUUACGGGACUUUAUCAGAAACUACGAAAUCCGAAUGCAUGAGAGUAAUGAGAGCCUCAAACAGUUGGCGAUGGAGAAGGAAGAGUCGGAGCGUGAGAAAUGGGAGAUAAUCAAGAAAGCUCGGGAAGCGGCAGAACGAGCUGUGAUACUGCGGUCGCAACUCGACGCCAAGGAUCAAACCAUCAAAAAGCUGGAGGCAGAGCUAACUGAACUGAAAGACAAAACUCCGAAUGGUCCCAACAAGUCUGUGUGUCUGUCUGACAUCGACAUGAACAACAGCAAUGAUGUCACAGCAGCCAGCGAGGACCUCCCACCGUACGAGAUCACCCCACCCAACGAAGAGGUGUCCAAAGAUUCCGUCUCCACAUGUAGCUAUAAUGUUCAAACUAGUACUCCGAACAAUGAUCGUCAGGAUGCCUUCACUCCGCUGAUGAGAAUCUUCAACACGAGUCAGGAACUUUCUGACAGUUCCGACAGCAAGAAGAAAAAGAAAAGACGACCGUUUGGAUCUCUUCCACGUAUGUUCAGCAAAGGCAGACUGCGUCGCUCGAUCGCUCUUCCAAGCUCAGAAGGAAUUGAUGAACCAAAUCAUCAGAAGUUGUCUCUCCUGAGCCCCGAGAACUAUCAGGAGAAGAUGGGCAUCAUCAACAGUCUGAAGGGCGUUCAUAUGGGAUCCUGGAAGGCCAACCAGGUGCUAGCAUGGCUCGAAAUUUCACUCAGCAUGUCCGCGUACGGGAAAAUGUGUGCCGAGAACAUUAAAAGUGGAAAGGUGCUACUGGGUCUAAGUGACUCUGAUCUCAGUGCUGCUCUAGGAAUCUCAAACACGAUUCACAGACGCAAGCUGAGACUGGCAAUCGAGGAGCAACGAGAUCCCACAGAAAUUAAGUAUCCCAAGGCUGGAUGUAUUGAUCACACGUGGGUCGCUCACCGCUGGCUUCCAGAUCUGGGCUUAGCUCAGUACACUUCAGUAUUUGAAAACCAGCUUGCCGACGGGCGAAUCCUCAACAUGAUGUCCAAGAAGGAUCUGGAGAAAUAUUUCGACGUCCAUCGCAAGUUCCAUCAAUCCAGUAUUCUACAUGCCAUUGAACUACUUAGGCGGCUCAAUUUUGAUAAAGAGGUGCUAUCAGAAAGGCGGUCACAUUGUGAGGAGAGCGACAGUGAUCCAUUAGUUUGGACCAAUCAGAGAAUCAUAAAGUGGGUCCAGUCCAUAGAGCUGGGUGAAUAUUCUCAGAAUUUAAAAGAAAGUGGUGUACACGGUGCUUUAAUGGUUCUCGAGGCGUCAUUCACAGCCGACACCCUAGCAACGGCGCUUGGCAUACCGCCUUCCAAGUCGUAUCUGCGUCGCCACAUAUCAACAGAGUUGGAUGCUCUUGUGAAACCAGCUAGGUUUCAUCAGGCAGGCCUGAAGCUGCUCAGAGCUGCUCUGGAUGCACCUAACAACAACACGAAACAGAAAGUGGACCCCAGUGGAAACCGGUCGUUCUCGCGUUCCGUCAAGAGUUGGAGUGAGGACAGUGGCAGUAAAGGAAGAUUAAGCUUUAGGGGUUCACUGGGUAGAGCUUUCGGACGCAAGAUCAAAGAUGACUUGAGGCUUGCUUUUGAGACUGAUUCGGUUCAAGCCAGGAGGAAAAUAUCAUCUCCCAUUCCUAUACAGCAGAAUUCAUUGGACUCUAUAUCAGAACCCGAUUCUACGCCUGUUUGACAAAUCUGAAUCAGAACCGGAUUCUACACAUGUUUGACAAAUGUGUAUCAGAACCCGAUUCUACGCCUGUUUGACAAAUGUGUAUCAGAACCAGAUUCUAAGCCUGUUUGACAAAUCUGAAUCAGAACUGGAUUCUGUGACUAACAAAUCUGUAUUAAAACCUGAUUCUACAUCUCUUUGACAAAUUUACAUCAGAAUCUGAUUCUACAUCUCUUUGACAAAUUUACAUCAGAAUCUGAUUCUACACUUGUUUGACAAAUCUACAUCAGAACCUGAUUCUACAACUGUUAGACAAGUCUUCUAUUCUGAUAUACAGAAUUUGAUUCUACACCUUUUACCUGUGAAACAAAUCUAUAUCAGAACUGAUUCUAUACCCAUUUGACAAAUCUGUAUUAAAACCUGAUUCAGUACCUGUUUGACAAAUCAGAAUCAGAACGUUAUUCUAGACCUGCUUGACAAUUUUAUAUCAGAACCUGAUUCUAAUAGAAUUUCUAUAGCUGUUGACAAGUCUGUAUUAGAACCAGGAUUCACAUGAUUUGUUUAACAUAUCAUAUUCUACACCUAGAUCAGAAAACAUUUCUACACAUGUGACAAAUCUGUAUUAGAACUUAUAUGCCAUUUUUCUAUCACAGCUUAAUUCCUCUCCUUCAAUUAUGACUGAAUGGUGAAAAGGGUUUCGAUU